AUGUCGAUAGCUCCCAUCAUCACCUUCAAAGCAGGCAUCUGCGAUUUCAAUGACUCCGUCGAUCCUCCAUCCGUGAAGCCAAAGCCGACCCCCGGCUACGUUUACCUCUACUCCGAAGAUGAUCUUGUGCACUUUUGCUGGCGCCCCCGCAGUGCAUCUCUCGACGAGCCCGAGCUCGAUCUGGUUAUGAUUCCCUCCCAGCGGUAUCUGUUCUGGAUGCAGUCCCAGUCCCAGCACGAGAGUGGCGACCCUAGUUGGUUCAGCCCCCGGGAUCUCAAACUGGGAGAGAUUGUCGAUGUUCUGUUGCAGGGCGAGGAUGUGGAUGUGGAGCAUGAGAUCGCCAACCUCCCCCGCCGACCCUCCGGUGGCGACGAUGACGAGACGAUGGAGGAUGUGGAAGGUACCGACCAUGAUCCCAGUCAUAACCAUGGGGGAAGCAGUGGUGGAGCGGGCCCAGACGCAACGGGGGGUGACGUUCGUGAGGAGGGCCAGGAAUCGAGAGAGGGUGGAGCAGACGGUGGACGAGCAGCCGGUGCAGGAGAUCCAUCGUCGGUAGUUCAGGACUUCUUGAAGUCUCUGGGUGGCAGUCAGGGCCAGUCCCAGUCCCAGUCCCAGUCCCAGGACCCUGAACGACCAUCUACCACCCUCCAAGACCUUCUUCCUCCCCCAACGACGCUGCCAUUUAUCGAGUCUCUAGACGCAACUACUGCCGACCACCUGUUGAGUUUCUUACCGCCAGCUCUGCUCCUGCUGGCCCAGGGAAAUGCCGAGGCUGCGGAAGCUGACACGGACCCUGAAUUGGCCCAAGCGGCCCUUCUGUCACUCGAUCUGCCCCAGAAAAAAGAUAUUCUCCGCAAAGUGCUCCGAUCCCCCCAAUUCAUGCAAAGCCUUGCCAGCCUGACCGUUGCUCUCCGAGACGGAGGGCUGCCCAGCAUCAGCGAAGCCCUGCAGGUACCCGUGGCCAACGGAGGAUUCAUGCGCCGAGGAGGUGUGCCCCUAGGUGGAGGCGAAGCAGUUGAAGCGUUCCUAGAGGGCGUCCGGCAACAUGUCAAGAAGGACCAGUCGGGUGCGAUGGAGACAGAUUAG